AUGUGUGGCACCCCGGCUUCUUCCUGGAGGAGAGCCAGGACCUGCCUGUGGUCUCCCCGCCUGCAUCCUGCACCCUCACCGUCAAGGACCUGCUGCUCUCGGGCAGCUCUGAUGCCCAGCCACAGGCGCCCAGCUCCCUGCUGAGGCAGAGCCAGGGGCAGUUCCAGGAGCUGGUGCUGACGGAGGACGAGAAGAAGCUGCUGGCGAAGGAGGGGGUGACCCUGCCCACGCAGCUGCCCCUCACCAAGUACGAGGAGCGGGUGCUGAAGAAGAUCCGGCGGAAGAUCAGGAACAAGCAGUCGGCUCAGGAGAGCCGCAAGAAGAAGAAGGAGUAUAUCGAUGGGCUGGAGAGCCGGAUGUCGGCGUGCACGGCCCAGAACCAGGAGCUGCAGAGGAAAGUCCUGCACCUGGAGAAGCAGAACUCGUCCCUCCUGGAGCAGCUGAAGAAGCUCCAGGCUCUCGUGGUACAGUCAAGUAACAAGGCAGCGCAGACGGGAACCUGCAUUGCGGUCCUGCUGCUCUCUUUCGCCCUCAUCGUCUUCCCCUCCAUCAGCCCCUUUGCCUCCAGCAAGGCCGAGGCAGACGGCGACUUCAGACCCGUGCGAGUUUUCUCCAGGUCUCUGCACAACGCAGCCGCCUCCCGCGUGGCUUACACACAGCCCCCAGCCAGGGAUGAGAAGCCCCCAGAGCCGCUGUGGCCAGAGAGCCCGGGCGAAGUCCCCGAGACCCUGCACGAAGCCUUUGGUGGCCGCUCGUUCAUCCCACGCCCGCAUAAAAUCUCCCCCCGUAACGGCACGCAGCUGCUGGCCUCGGAGGGGCUGAGCCGUGGGGAUGGGGAUCGAGCUGACGCCCUGUUGGGGGACGGCACCGCACCCCACCAUGGCCUGGCGUCGCUGGCUUGGACCGAGGCUGGCCACGGCAGGCCCACGGUGCUGGAGCCGGCUGAGGAGCUUUAA